AGAGAGAAAGAGAGGAGAGAGGGUGUGAGGUAGAGGAGAGCGUGUGUGUGUAUAAGGGAGAGGUUGUGUGUGUGGAGAAAGAGAGAGAUUUUGCCUGCCUGUGUGUGUAUGUGAGAGGCGGGCAGGGUGACUGAGCCUCCGCCUUUUUGUUUGUGUUGCUGCCGCGUCCUCUCGUCCUUCCUCCACCUCCAAUAUAUAUAUAUAAACAUAUACAAAUAUAUUCAUCGUGAGCUUGGCCUCCCCCGGGCAAUGGUGAGGAGAGAAGGCAGGCGGACAGAGUGAAGAACCACCACCACCACCAACACCACCACCGUGAGCAGAGGGACGGGCGGAGAUGUCGCUGGCCUGCUGUGUCUCGCAGCUGGCCUGCUGUUGCGGCUCCAGCGAAUGCGCCCUCUGCUGCAGCGGAUGCCCGAAGAUCAAAACCUCCACCGGCACCCGGGUCAUGUACACUCUCUACCACAUUCUUGGGACCAUCGUCUGCUUCCUCAUGUUGUCCCCAACCGUGGGAGAUGUAUUGAAGGAGCAUGUCCCCUACUACAAUGAAUUUUGUCGGACCAUUCAGGCAGGCAACAGCUGUGAAAAGCUUGUUGGCUACUCUGCUGUUUACAAGGUCUGCUUCGGAAUGGCUGUAUUCUUCUUCAUUUUCUUCCUCCUGAUGAUCAACGUAAACACCAGUAAAGAUUGUCGAGCAAAGCUCCACAACGGGUUUUGGUUUGUGAAGCUGGUGGUUUUGAUUGGAAUGUGUGCAGGAGCUUUCUUUAUCCCUGACGAAGACACCUUUCACAAAGCUUGGAUGUACAUUGGUGCUGCAGGAGCUUUCCUUUUCAUCUUGAUUCAGCUCAUCCUGUUGGUGGAGUUCGCACAUACGUGGAACAAGACGUGGUGGGCUGGAACUGCCCAAAAUAAAUGCUGGUACGUUGCCUUGACUUUGGUCACACUCAUUCUGUACCUGGUCGCCAUCUUUGCUCUCGUUCUCAUGGUUAUCUUCUACACCGACUUCGACGGAUGCAAGCUCAACAAGAUAUUACUGGGGGUCAACACUGGCCUCUGCUUCAUUGUCUCCAUGGUGGCCAUCAGUCCCUGUGUUCAGAAAUAUCAGCCAAGCUCUGGCCUCCUUCAGUCUGCGGUAAUCAGCUGCUACGUGAUGUAUCUCACCUUCUCUUCACUGGCCAACGCACCCCCGGAAUAUGUGAUGAAGAAUGGAGUCAACACCUCAAUCUGCACCCCUCAGCUGUUGGGCAAAGGUCUUCAAACAGACGACAAGCUGGUGUCGGUGCUGGGAGCCAUCAUCAUGUACGGCUGCGUCCUCUACGCCUGUCUGGUUUCGACCACGCGUUCUAGCUCGAUAACACUGGGGGUGAGCAGUGUCUCAACUCCUGAACCUAUUCAAGCUCGAUGCUGCUUCUGUUUUGCCCCAGAUGAAGAAGGUAACUAUGAGGUGGAUGGCAGUGAAAGAGGAGUUCAGAAGGUCAUCCACAAUGAGAAGCCCGGCGUGGUGUACAGCUAUUCCUUCUUCCACUUUGUCUUCUUCCUUGGCUCCCUGUAUGUCAUGAUGACUCUGACAAACUGGCUCGAGUAUGAAACUGUUGAACUGGAAACUUUAUUUGGUUCGGGAAACCCUUCCACCUUCUGGAUUAAAAUGGCUUCCUGUUGGAUUUGUAUCCUGUUGUUUUUAUGGACUCUGAUUGCUCCCAUGUGCUGUCCCAAACGUGAAUUUUUGGUGUAAUGCUUUGUAUCCUGGAACUGCUGCAUCCCACAGUCCAGUUCCACUUUGUCAUGUUACAUAACCUGUCCUCAUUUUAUUUUUUGACAGCGGAUUGACCGACCCGUGUAUUAUUCUCCAGUGCGGUCUCCUUUUGCACUGUCACCGCCUCUGUCAGGAACAGUUUUCACCUGAGGGAGAAAACAAAAUGGAGUCCGUGAUGGUGGGCCCACUACUGAUUUUCUGGCACCCUUGGUUCCGCAGUCUUGCCGGACUAGUAAUGAUACAACAAUACACCUCUGACCCACUAAUUACACCCCCUCUCGUGGCUCAGGAGCAGCACGGAUUGCUGGUAACUGAACGAGUUUAAACUUAAUGUACCGCCCACCUAGGCCGCCGAGACACCAGCCCGUGAACUCGGCCUCGGAAGUCGGCUAAGGGAAUGGGUAUGGCAGGGCCGGAGUUCCGGAGCCCCGGCCGCAGAGGGCAAAGUUGACCCGCCGAUCGCAAGUCCUGCCACGGCAGUCCGGAUGAGGUCGAUAUCGGCCACCUCACCCGGCCUAUGCGCCAAAAUUUCAGGGGGACUUUCCCGAAGUCAGUGGUCAAGGGGAUUCCAAGUGCGCUAUCAUAGUUUUGUCCGGAUUAAAGGAGGUGUCAGAACACCAGUUGCCAGAAAAUCGGUGGUGGACUAGUGACGGGUUUGCCUGGAGAUAACUGGGCCCGCAAUUUGGAUGAAGGGAGGGGAAGUUGGGUGAUGAAUGAAGGUGUUUGCUUAGGUGACCACGUGUGUAGUGUUGGUUUGUUGUCUUAUACUGAGGUGAACCAAUCAGUGUUGCAUAAUUAACCAAGAACCUGGAUGUACAGGCAGCACAACACCAGAGGCACAGGUAUAACAAUCAUCCUGCCUUAAGCAACCUAAAGAUGGGCGAGAAAAGAAUGUAGAAGCAAGCAACUGCAGAUGCUGGUUUACACAAAAGGACAUAAAGUGUUGGAGUAACUCAGUGUGUUGGGCAGCAUCUCGGGAGAACAUGAAUAGGUGACGUUUUGGUCAAGACCCUUCUUCCAACUGGUCUCCAGUCUGAAGAAAUGUCCCGAUCCAAAACAUCACCCAUCCACAUGCUCCUUGGAUGCUGCCAUGACACGCUGAGUUGCUCCAUCACUUUGUGUCCCUUUUUAAAAAAAAAAAGAUGAGUAUUCGCUGAGCAUUUAAAAAAAAAUAAUAAUAAUAAUAAUUAAAAUAGAUCUGAGCAAUUCUCAUCUGAUGACUAUUGGAUCCCAGUUGUGAGUUGGCCCCAAUCUAAGCUGGUAAUAUUUUAUGUACAUAAACCAUAAUAAGUAUCUUUUUGUCUGGAGAAGUUGGGAUGAGUCACGUCUGACAUCAAUUGAGAUGGAAAAAGAUGACUGGAAGUUUUAAAGCCGAGUAGAAAAAUAAAAAAUGAAAAUAUUACGCCCUUAAGUUAAAAUAAUUCCAUUGUAUAGUGGAUGUAAAGUAGUAUAUGAACAUAUUUAGGAAUUAAGUAGAGAUAUGCAGUUAUUUGGACUAGAUAUGUGGGAAGUGGGGUUUGUUUUCGAAUAGUCAACUUAAAUUUAACGCCAGUGUCUCUUCUGUUUGGAGGAAUGAGGAAAUGAUUGACAAAAGACACCGCUGGAGUAACUUAGCGGGUCAGGCAUAUCUCUGGAGAACAUGGAUAGGGGAUAAAAUGGUCCCGACCCGAAAUGUCAGCUAUCUAUAGAUACAGCAUGGAAACGGGCCCAUUGUGCCCAUGCCGACCUACAUGUCCCAUCUACACCAGUCCCACCUGCCUGUGUUUGGCCCAUAUUCCACUAAACCUUUCCUAUCCAUGUACCUGUUGAACGUUGGGAUAGUUCCUGCCUCAACUACCUCCUCCGGCAACUCGUUCCAUACACACACGGAAUAGAAGGUGAACACAAUCUGUGUAAUAAAAAAGUUGCCUCUCAUGUUCCCCCCCCCCCCCCCCCCUUCUCCUCUGGCCCUCGAUUCCCUUACUCUGGGCAAGAGACUCUGUGCAUCUGCCCGAUCUAUUCCUCUUGUGAUUUUGCACACCUCUAAGAUUAGCCCUCAUCCUCCUGCGCUACAAGGAAUAGAGACCCAGUCUACUCAACCUCUCCCUGUAGCUCAGUCCCUCGAGUCCUGGCGACAUUCUGGUAAUUCUUCUCUGAACCCUUGCAAGCUUGGCAACAUAUUUCCUUUACGAUGGUGAACAAAA